AAUAAGAGCAACAUUGCCUGUGAUUUGCCACACCUACUACUGAGGAAGUAUAAAAGACCUGUGAAGAUGGAGAUGUUCAAAUUCAAGAACAUCCUCUUCUACACCUGAACCAUCCAUUUCUGACACCAUGAUUUACUACAGCAACUAUUAUGGUGGCUAUGGGUAUGGUGGGCUUGGCUGUGGCUAUGGCUGUGGUUAUCGUGGCUAUGGAUGUGGUUAUGGUGGCUAUGGAGGCUAUGGAAAUGGCUACUGCUGUCCAUCUUGCUAUGGAAGAUAUUGGUCAUAUGGUUUCUACUGAACAAUUCUAGAGCUCACCAGAUUUGUCUGCUUGUGAAACUUGGAUUCUCAUGCUGCUCUUGUUCAUCAGAUCCU